CCACGUAUUUGUGAAUUUUCUAGCUCUCCUCUAAAUCUAUUAGUGAUUUGUAGUUUCAUACCAUUAUGGUUGGAAAAGAUACUCAAUAUGAUUUCUGCCUUCUUAAUUUUGUUAAGACUUGUUUGUGACCUAACUUUGGUGUAUCCUAGAGAAUGUUCUGUGUGCACUUGAGAAGAAUAUGUAUUCUGCUGCAGGUGGGUGGCAUCGUUUGUACAUGUCAUUAGGUCCAUUUGGUCUUAGUUGCAGUGCAGCUCCAACAUUUUCUUACCGUUUUUUUCUCAUCUAUCAUCCAUUGUUGAAAAUGGUGUUUGACUCCAUACUAUUACUGCAUUGCCGUCUAUUUCUGACUUCAGUUUUGUUACUAUUUGCUUAAUGUAGUUAGGUGCUCCAAUGUUGGGUGCCUAUGCUUAUAAUUGUUAUUUCCUCUUGAUGAAUUGACUGCUUUAUCACUGUGCAAUGAUCUUCUUUGUCUCUUGUGACAGUUAUUUACUUAAAAGUCUGUUUUGCCUGACAUAGUAUAGUUAUCCCUGUUCUUUUUUGGUUUCGCUCACACAUUUGUGGUUCUGUUGUUUCUUCCAAGAAAGUGAAUGUGUACUUCACCAGCAUUUCUUUGCAUUCAGGUUUCUGGAGUGGAGAAGAGGAUGUUAAGGCACCCUUUGAGCAGAGUGUUUCUGUAGUAAUGUCACAGGCCAGGACUUCCAAAGAACCUUUAUCUUCCCAGAAGACUCACCCCUGUGAGAUGUGUAGUCCAGUCUUGAGAGCUGAGUCCAUUCUUCAUUUGGCUGAGCAGCUGGGAACACAACACAGCCAGAAACUAUUCAAGUGUGGGGCAUGUACAAAAGGAUUUUAUUUCAGUACAAACCUUCAACAGCACCAGGAGCAGCACAUGGGAGAAAAACCGUUCGUAAGCAGCAUGGACAAGGCCUUAUUUGUGAAGAGCUGCAAUUUGCAUGUGUCAGAGGAGGCUUUUACCUAUGAAGAGGUGGAUAAGGACUUCCUGACCACCUUGGGACAUCUGAAGCAGGGAGAAACAGGGAAGCAGGCCAUUCACACCAGGGAGAAGCCAAACACAAUCACCCAGAGCAGUGAAACUUUACAAAGCACUGGGGGAGAAUGCAAGAAAGCUUCUCGCCCCAAAGACACACUUGUUCAGGACCAGGGUGUCUACACUAAAAGACAGUGUUUUGUGUGCAGUGAAUGUGGGAAAGCAUUCAGGUACAAAUCGUCAUUUCUCGUGCACCAGAGAGUUCACACUGGUGACAGGCUUUAUGUCUGUGGUGACUAUGGAAAAUCCUUUAGGGGAAACUCAGCCCUCAAUCAACAUAGAAAAAUUCACACUGGGGCAAGGCAGUACAAGUGCAGCAAAUGUGGGAAAUCCUUUAGCCAAGAAUUUGUCCUCAUUUAUCCUCAGAGGAGUCACACUGGAGAAGAUCAUCACGCGUGCCACAAAUGUGCACAAUCUUUUAGCCACAGCUCCAUCUUCGUUCAACAACAGACAGUUCACACUGGAGACAUGAGUUACGAGUGCACUGAAUGUGGGAAGUCCUUUAGACGAAAAUCUGACCUCAUUGAGCACUGGAGGGUUCACACAGGAGAAAGGCCUUAUGAGUGCAGUGAAUGUGGGAAAUCUUUUACUUCUAGCUCUGCCCUCCGUUAUCAUCAGAGAGUUCACACUGGAGAAAAGCCUUAUAAAUGUAGGGACUGUGGGAAAUCUUUUACGUCUAGCUCUGGCCUACGUUAUCAUCAGAGAGUUCACACAGGAGAAAGGCCAUAUGAAUGUACUGAUUGUGGGAAAUCUUUUACCCAAAUAAAUCACCUCAUUAUACACCGAAGAGUUCACACAGGAGAAAGGCCUUAUAAGUGCAGCGAAUGUGGGAAAUCCUUUAGCCACAAAUCUUACCUCUCUCAACACCAGAGAGUUCACACUGGAGAAAGGCCUUAUGAGUGCUGUGAAUGUGGGAAAUCUUUCACCUCUGGUUCCGCCCUCUGUUAUCAUCAGAGAGUUCACACAGGAGAAAAACCGUAUGAGUGCAGUGAAUGUGGGAAAUCAUUUACCAAUGGACCAAUACUCAUUCGACACCGUAGAAUUCACACAGGAGAAAGACCUUAUGAAUGCAAUCAGUGUGGAAAAUCUUUUACUCAAAGAAAUCAUCUUAAUAUACACCGGAGAGUUCAUACAGGAGAAAGGCCUUACGAAUGCAGCGAAUGUGGGAAAUCUUUUACCUCUGGCUCUGCCCUUCGUUAUCAUCAGAAAAUUCACAUUGGAGAAAGGCCUUAUGAAUGCAAGGAAUGUGAAAAGUCUUUUACCUGUAGCUCUGCCCUCCGUUGUCAUCAGAGAGUUCACACAGGAGAAAGGCCUUUUGAGUGCAGUGAAUGUGGGAAAUGUUUUAGGGAUAGUUCCCAACUGAAUCAACACCAGAGAGUUCACACUGGAGAAAAGCCUUAUGAAUGUAGUGAUUGUGGAAGAUCCUUUAGCCAGAAUUCAUACCUCUCUAAACACCGGAGAGUUCAUACUGGAGAAAGGCCUUAUGAGUGCAGUGAAUGUGAGAAAUCUUUUACUUCUGUUUCUGCCCUUGGCUAUCAUCAGAGAGUUCACACUGGAGAGCGGCCUUAUAAGUGCAGUGAAUGUGGGAAAUCUUUUACCAAUAGCUCGAUACUCAUUCGACAUCGUAGAGUUCACACAGGAGAAAGGCCUCAUGAGUGCAGUGACUGUGGGAAGUCCUUUACCCAAAGAAUUCACCUCGUAAUUCACCGGAGAGUUCACACAGGAGAAAGGCCUUAUGAGUGCAGUGAAUGUGGGAAAUCUUUUACCUCUCGUUCCACCCUCCAUUAUCAUCAGAGAGUUCACACUGAGAAAAGCCUUAUGACUGCAGUGAAUGUGGGAAAUCUUUUAGCCGAAAAUCUAAUCUCUCUCAGCACCAGAGAAUUCACACUGGAGAAAGGACUUAGAUGUGUAAGAAGUAUGUAAUUUCCUUGUUCAGUGCAAUGGCACUGAAAGAAACUGAGGCUCUAAUUGAACUGAAUUCAAACACAACAGUAGGGAGAUAGCUCACGACCUUCAGUUAUGUGGGAUGCAUGUGUGGCUAUGUCGCAGUUUCUUACCUGCCCAGGGCUCUUGGCAGAUUUAUUAUUGCCGGUUUCUUCAGCCAGAUCCAUCUCAUCUCUAUAAUCUGGCAGGUCCCCACAGUAUGCAUCAGUCACUAGCCCAGUCUGCUCAGGGGUGCUGACUUCUCUCAUUUGUUGGAGGAAAUUAGGAAUAGCUUGAGCCCUUCAGAUGUCCUCAUUCCUUCUCUGACCAGCUUGAGCUUGGGCCUGACCCAGUGCUGGCCCAGAGAACAUCAUAUGAGUUCACCUGGCAGCUUGCAGAGAAGGACUACCAUUUUCAGGGACCUAUUGGCCUCAAGAUAGUUGUGAUGAAUUUUUCCAGCUCCCAAGUCACCAGCUCAAGAACUGCCAGCUCCACAUUGCUUUGGUUUGUCCAAUAACAAAGGCCUUAUUGUUUAAGUCCUCUUUAAUCUUGGACGUUCUGUUUACCAUGUGAGGUGGGUUCUACAGGCAUGAAGGGAUGAGCAACUUUUAUGGAGGUCUCAAACUUUCUAUGCCUCAGAGGAGACAUUACAGAGGCUUACCAGUUUCUGCCAAAUUUGUGUUGCUGCCCGUGGCCUCCUAAAAGACUGCAGGGCUUUCUUGCCCUCAUUUGAGGCCAGGAUGCUAUGAGUUUUAGGACGCUCAGUGAUCACCCUGAGAAGAGGCCAAGUGUGACAACCUCAGGAGCUUCUGGGAGUAGCAUGAAUUCUUUCCCUUGUUUACAGGAGAUGUCAGCCCUGUUGAGGGGAAUUGUUUCCCCAGGUCCUGCAAAGAGCCAUGUGUCCACAGUUCAGUGGGUGAUAGUCACUAGGGCUCAGGGCUCAGGGAAAACCAGGAUUACUACAAAAACACCAGCUUAUAGGGAUUCUAGGCGACUGCAGCCGAGUAGAUGGAAAAUACCUGUUUUCAGCGUGCAUCCAGGAAUGUCUGUGACAAUGGCUGUGCAAGAUCAGUAUGUACAUAAAUCUGAGGUCCUCUAGGCAUAAUUAUCUUGUGUAGCUUAAGUCAUCGUCAUUGACAAUAAUGAAAAGGUUUUGUAGAUUCCUGUACCCUCUCAUUGAUACUCAUCUCAAGGUUAUUACUGCACAGGCAGGUUUAGAAAAAGAGAGGGGGAAAAACUGUGGUCCACAGAUGUGUAUCUUGUGACUUGAGUGGCAGGUCCUUCAUUGCCCACUCUACAAGACUGACCUCCAGAAGGCAUGAGAAGGUGGCAUGAAUGUUGGAUUGCCAAAUCUCUUUUCUAAAACGAGUUUGACAUAGAGUUUUUAUCUUGAACCAUUUU